UUUAUCCUUACACCCGAAAAGUUCUUCCUCACCGUGACAGCGUGGCAGUAUCUGUCUGUGCCACCGUGGUUCGCUGAUCCUCGGACACCCCAAGGUUUGUUUCUGUAAUGCGCUAUCGAUGAUGAACUUCUUUGCAUCUUCCCAUAUCAAAGAGUUACCGUAUCUGUCGGCUGCGUUCCGUUCGCAUCGUUUUCAAUAGGACUGGAUUUUCCUACUCUUCGCCAUAAGUCCGCUCUGUUUUUCGAAAAAAAGCUAGGUUGGCUCAUAAUGAUGUGGGCUGCGGCUACGAUAAAGAUAUGGUCAGCUAUAUCAUUGGCCACGGUGUACACAAAGAUCUCCGCUUUUAAAACCUCUGGUUUCCAGAAAACUGCACUAUACUUGAGCGCCUAACGCCACCGGACAUCAUCGUCGGCAUCAUACGACUCGGCCCGUGUUAAAGAUGACACUCAUAGCCAGUGCACAAGGCCAUGAAGGAAUUCGACAAGAUCUUGUCCGGUUUCCGCACAUAGGGAACCUUAUUUAAACAACUUAAAUGCACUUUCAAUCAGGUCCAUCCUAACUCCUCCAAUCGACCAUGCUACAGCUCCCUGACCUGCGCAUUUCUGAUAACACGUCGCUCACCCUC